AUGAAUUUGUCCUGGGCUAACCAAUUCGCUAAAACUGCCCUCAAAACUGCUCAACAGAAAAUCGACAGUGUUCUCGAUAUAAGACCAGAUGAAGAAGAAGCUGACGUAUCAACCGCGGAUGUGAUCCCCGAUGAUUUGCUUCUUAACCCUGCUGUACCACUUGCUAUCAGCGAAGAGGUAAACGUACCUGCUCCACCAGAGACUUCGGCACUUAACGGAGAGGGCUGGUCAAACGCAUGGAAUAGCGUCUCAGCCGAUCAAGAGCUCGUUGUGGACUCUGAGCCAAAUCCUAUCAGAGACGAAUGCCCUCAAACAUCGGCAUCAUUGUUCGACCAUUCACCUUCCUCGAACUCAUCCGAUGGCAUAGAGGCUGGGCAAUCUCCGCAGAAAGUCAGCGACUACGAGGAGAGCAAACGCGUGGAAAGUGGUAAUAUCGAGAAGUCUGUGUACGUCGACGUGGAUUUGUCUGUGCCAAGUCCGGACGAAGCCCAGUUCGCUUCGUCUUCAGAGACCAUUCAGGAAGACAAUGUCCCACCACCAUUGUCAGACAUCGUUCGCGAAAAUUCUCAUCAAGAUGAUUCGUUAACUGUAGCCUCUAGUGAUAUUGAAGUUAUUCGCAAUGUAGAUGCUUGGUCCAUUAUUAGUAGUAAACCUGGGACAGAUCAGAUGCCUUCUCAUGUGUCGACAUCAAAGCACGAUGGUGCCGACUCAUUUCGAGCCCAACUUCUGCAUGCUGAACAACGCAGGAAUGAACUGAAAGCAGCGAAUGAUACGUUGCAGUCAAAUAAUGCGCAACUGCAACAACGAAUUAUUCUCCUAAAUCAGCAGCAGUCAUCCCUGAAAAAGGAAUUAGAGGGCAAGAAGGCAGAACUAGAAGAUCUCUUCGCUGAAGGUAAGCGUCUCUCCGAUCACUCUGGGAAGCAAGCUCGUGAGAUUAGACGACUAAAAAGUGAGCUAGCUGAGCUGGAGAAGAUAAAAGCUGAGCGCAAACGUCUCAAGGAAGAAAAAAGUAGAGCUGAGGAAACAAUCGAUCUCCAAAAGGAAGAAAUCACGUCUCUUAAAAGCAUGGUCAAGCAGCUGGAAUCGAGCUCUGAACAACUACUGAAAGAACAGUCUAUGCGUGCAGCAAGCACUGAGGUUGCUCAGAAGCAUGCACUAGAGCAGAACAAGUUAGUAGCAGAACUUGAGCGGGAUUUAUCAGAAGCUAGGAGAAGAAUAGACGAACUUUGUGAUUACAACAAGAAGCUAACUAGAGAAGCGGAGUUGAUGCAGUCUGCCAAUUGGUCCGAGAGAUUAGCUGGAGAACGCGCUCAUGAAACUGUAGCAACCAUUAACACUGAACUGAUCGAAGCUCGUGCUCAUAUCGGACGUCUUCAAUCACAACUACAAAGCACAGAAAGUCGACUUGAGGUUGUGCUCAGUGAGCGAAAUAGUGUGGCAGAAUCAAUUUCUCAAAGCAACAUUCCAUUAUUGGAGGAAAUCAACAAUCUGAAACAGCAACUUUACCGUGAACAGAGCGCCAAUGAGGAGUCAGACAUAAAGAUACGAACUCUCAAAAGAGAACUUACUGCUGUGACGGAACAAUUUGGCAAACUUAGAGAGAUUAAUGAGUCAAUGGUAAUGAAUCAUCAUCAGGAGUUGACGGUAGUGAAUCAGAAGAUACAGCAUCUUGAACGAGAGCUAACACUUGUACAUGAAGCAAGAGAGAACGCUAUGACGGAAUACAAAUCGGCACGAGCUGUUGAUGCAGCUGCGCUGGAGAAUCUGCGAGAGGAGAAUGCGGUGCUGUUGAAUGAUAUUUCAUCCCUUCGAAACACCUUGAAAGGGCUCGUGAGUUGUAUUUAA